AUGAUGAACGCUCGAAGGGAAAAGGUCAACUUACGCGACGAGACCCUGGAUGCCCUCAGCAUCAUUGAGCGUGUUUGCUCUGUUCUUUCUCACUUGGGAUGCCUGUUUAUCAUUAUUACAUUUUUUUCUUCAAAAGCCUUUCACAAGCCUAUCAACCGGCUAGUGUUCUAUGCCUCCUUCGGCAAUGGCAUCACCAACAUUGGAACGUUGAUGGCUAGGUCAUACAUCGGCUCACCCGAAUCGCCUGGCUAUGCCUUCUGGACGCUGGCCAUGGCCGUCAACGUGUACUUGACGUUUUACUACAAGUUUGACGCCGAGAGGCUGCGGAGAAUGGAGAUCCCGUACAUAGUAUGCUGCUACGGUAUUCCUCUAGUGCCAGCCUUGACCUACAUCUUCGUCAGGAACGACAAUAGUGAUCGUGUUUACGGCAACGCCGCCCUCUGGUGCUGGGUCACCAAACAGUGGGAAAUCUGGCGCAUUCUGACUUUUUACGGCCCUGUGUGGCUGGUCAUCUUGAUCACAUUCUUCAUCUACAUCCGGACCGGAGGCGACAUUUACCGAAAGCGCAAACAGCUCCAGGGCUUUAGCUCGCAUGACGCCGAGGGUGUCUCCAGCUUGAACGGAAUGUUCGCAUCGGUCAAGACGACCGAAGGUGCCAUCGGUCUGGUCCCAUUGGAGCGACGCGACUCGGCCAUUGGAUCCACAGCGCCGAGGAUGCCUAAAACGGAAGCCUACUCGGUCAGCAUAACAGCCAACGGUCCCCGGCCGUGCAACAACCAGGCCGAUACUGUCCGCCCCAUCCAGAGGUACACGGAGGGCGGCACCCGCCCAGCGCCGUCGGCCCCACAGGUCACCGCCCGCCGCCGCAACUACAAGAAGAACAACGCGGCGUGGAUGUAUUAG